GCCAUAAAAAAAACAUAAUGACUAAGAUUGUUACUCAGCGCACUUAUCACGUGCUUCCUUCUUGUGUAACAGAAGACCUAUGUCCAAUCACAGCUCGUUGCAAUUAUUAAUUAUUAUCCGCUACAAAUUUAAUCGCGGCGCCAAAACUUACCGAUUACUUGUUCACUAAUCAUUCCAACGCAACCUCGGAUCUAUUGGUUACCCACCACCUCAACUAACACGAAUUGGAUGGAUUGGUCCAAGAUCGUUACAGUCCCUUCGCAUUCACUUACCUAAGGUACUCUUAUACAACUAGAAGUCUCCAUCUGUCCCCAUUGCCGCUCUCGGUGUAAGAGAGAAGUUGGGACGGAUACCUUGACCGCUGAGUCCAUUCUGAACCACUCGGGAGCAAGGCAAAAAGCCCGGCCCCAUUCAUUCUAGAUUCAAGGUUGCAACGUUGGACCCCUCUAAGGCCUAUACGGAGCAUCCUAGGGGACGUCUCGGAUUCUACAUUGGUACACAAUAUGGGGUCUGGGUCUUUAUCAGUACCUCCAUAUGUCCUCAACGUCACCACCAAAUCCCGGAAUCCAGUCACACUUCACUGGUAAUGAUGGCAAUGGCUUGCAGGCAUAUAGCUAUAGGGGAUACCCUAGUCAGCCUUAUCCCCGACGAGAUGAUUUGUCAGAGCCCCUCUUGACAACAUCAACACCUUCCUUCUCAUUUAGAGCUUACCCCCCAGUUAUUUUCACUGGCGUAGGAGAAUUUCCUGCCGGUUUUCAUGAACAUUCGCAUCCACCUCUUGUAACCGGGACGGCAUUAACCCAGAAUACUCCCGGUAAUAGCGGAGUACAAUCUGGUUCUCAAUCAUCGCGAGUGAACCUUCAAUUGCCCCCAGCUUCUACUACCACGCCGGUAUCACAGCCGGCACAAAUGCGAUACUACCAUACCGACUUGGCCGUGCUUAGUGCCGAACAAUAUAAUGAAGGACAUUAUUCAAGGCGAUCUGCUUCCAAAGCUAACUUGAAACCUACCGCGACGGUUGUUCCCGUUGAUAAUGCCCCGAAUCCGAAGAAGAGAGGGAGAAAAGCGGUGGAUGAGGAACAGAGGGAUACAGCAGAAGAAGUGAAGAGGACGCGGGGCCGUCCGCGAUUAGAAACCAAGGACCAGACUCCCACCGAGCGUCGGCGCACUCAAAUUCGGCUUGCACAGAGAGCAUAUCGCAAUCGAAAAGAGAAUGCUAUUACCGAUCUCCAGGAGAAGAUAGACAAUCUCAAGGAAGUAAACAGCGAGAUAAACAAUGCGUACCAAGACCUAUUCGAUUAUGCUUCAAAGCGUGGGCUCUUGGCUCAGGCGCCCGAGUUUGGACAGCAGCUUCAAAGACUUCAGUCGCUUAUCAAAGAGACGCAAGACAAGAAUAGCCCUAAAAGCGACCGGGAUAGCCCGGAAGAAAGAUCCGAUGAUGCUCAGGAUGCUCAGAGGACCGAAGAUGCGGCCGCAAUUAGCGAGGAACCCGUCACUACAUUGCCUGAGGAUGAGACAACGCAACUAUGGGGUGGAAUAACGGUUUCACACGAGUCUGUGGCUCCGGAAGAGAUACCGUCUACGAUGCCUGACUUGAAUCCUACAUUGAGCAACCCACAGCCACAACAAUACGAAAUUGUUACAGCGCCGAAUUCGGAUAAUGCUAGUUUUGGGCUCAAUUUCUUGGACAAUAUGAAUUAUGGAAACCCGGCGUAUUCUGGCUGGGCUGAACAUCCCUGGAACCGACUCACUGGCCCUCGGACAAUGUCUUUCAACGAGUGGUCAUUUGCUCGGAGGUUGCACCGUCACGCUGUCGAAAGAGCAGCGGCCCUAAUAUCAAUGCCCAAUCCACCCCCUGCUAAGGUAUCGCGGGUUUUUGGCUUCGUCAUGUUGUUUGAAACUAUGGACGAGAUUAGAACACGAACACUAGCAACGCUUGCUAAAGUUAGGGACGAACCUUUGAAUUACUGGGAACAUCCCUUCCAUAGGCUUGGAGGUUCAGGCACUCACUUUUCUUACCGGGGCGAUGGCCCUUCUAGUCUUUCGGGAUCAUCGAAUUAUGAGAGUACGGGGUAUGCGAUGGGGCCUUUCGACGAACCGACUAUGAGGGUGCGCGAUACUCUACUCGGGGUGUCGCAGUACAUUAAUAUGAGUGGGUGGGAGGGUACGUGGUUUGAUUCAGGCGAGGUCGAGACUUAUCUGGCACAGAAUGGGAUUAUUAUUCCUACGUCGGCCGAUAUACAUACAAUCGAGCUUCAACCGGAUGCGUUUUCCGACGUACAUACACAUUCUCAGAUCCAGCUCAUGCAGACCAUCCCUCCUAAUGUCCCACCCGGGUUUUCUGGGAACCAAUCCUAUAAUCCCGGAAUGUCUACCGAUGUCUCGUCUGGAUCAGGAGGUACUGCCUUUCCAACGAGGAUUGAUCCUCCCUUGAAUUCUAGUGCUUCCUCGUCGCAAAACGAUCCCUGGGCGCCUACUUCUGUCACCUCAACCCUCUAUGGAAAUAUGCCUACCGCUGGCAUAGGUAUUCCAUCCUUCACCGGUUUCGAUAAUAUGACGGUAAAUCCUUACACCAGCACCGAGCCAUAUGCAUUCCCGCAUCAAAUGCCAGCAGCUACAAACACGCAAAUAGCCCCGAAGAGAGUUGUCCUGGAUGUAAAUUCAUUCAUUUCAGAUUUAAUUAACCACGCUACAUGUCUCGGGCGAGCUCCUGCUUUUAGACCGAAAGAUAUCGCGACUUCAUUUUGGAACUCUGUGAUUAAGGAUUAAAGCAUCGUGCGUAGGUAUUCUGAUAGCGUUGACGUCUUUCGUUCAUAUUUAUAUAUACAUGGCACGGAUUGAAAAGCGCGUCUAUCUGGACAUUAUUAUUGGGUUAUUUAUAUACGAUGGUAACGAUCAGAAUUGAAAAGGGGUUCGGGAGCAUUUAAAACUACUUAUUUGGCAUAUUAAUCAAUGAUUAUGGAUCGGAAAUGGGGGUAUAUAUUUUAAUGUAGCUAGUCUUUCGCUACAAACUUCGUAGAUAAU